AUGACUAUAAAACCUUACCGCUCUCCUCCGAGGCUCCUCCUCCUGCUCGUCCUCCCUCCCUCACACCUCCUCCUUCUCGACCUCCCAUCCCCCCGCCCUCCUCUCCCCUCCUCUCUCUCGAGCUUGCCCUCCGUCCCUUCACCUAGCCGCCCGUCCUCCGCCCUCCUGAUCAUGGCUUCCACCGUGGCCUACACCAAGGGGUGCAAUGGUCAUUGGGAACUAGACCCCGCUUCGUUUGGUGAACCUCUCCUCGCGCUCCUCUCCAAGCUCGUGCGAGGCUUGCAAGAGGAGCAGAUCAAAGACUCAGUACGUGACGUGCUAGUGGAGGCUCAACAGCACGGCGACGUCCAAACCGUCAAAUCGCUUUUCGUGCUGGCGUUCCAGACUCGUUGGUGCAGGGGAGGAAAGGGAGAGCGCAAACUUUUCUUGAUCAUGAUGCGAGUUCUGUACAAAUAUUUCCCCUCAGUGGUGCUCGAGCUUCUCGUCAUUGUUCCCAGCUUUGGAUAUUGGAAGGACCUGUUGCUCCUGUUGCAAAAUUGCAAAGGUGCAGGUAUGCAGCAGGAUGACUAUGAUGUUAUCGCAGACAGAGUCUGGACUUUGUUUGCUGAUCAGCUCAAAACCGAUUACAGAGAGCUAACGGAAGCUCAAGAGCAAGGGCUGGUACCCAAACUCUCUCUGUGCGCAAAGUUCGCACCCUCCGAGGGUCAUGCGUUUGGACGCGAGCUCGGAGCGACCCGAAGCAUCUGUCAGAAGCUCUAUGGUGAUGUCCUGACAUCGACAAAAGAUCCCGUCAGAGCCGGCCGGUACGUCAAGAGCAAAUACCGCAGGAUGUUGUCCGAGCUGAGGAGAGCCUUGGAUGUCCCCGAGGUGAAGAUGAGCUCGAACCAGUGGGAUACCAUACAAUUCAACACUGUCCCUUCCCUGGCGGUGCAGAGGUACAUGAAAGCUUUCCUCAAUGAGGAGGUCAAAGGUGAAGAAAUGCGUUCCUCGGAAGAGAGU